GUAGUGCGGCGCGCUGUGUUACAGUGUGAGAGAGGAAGAAGCAAAGAGAGAGAGCAGCACGUUGACAUUGGGGGGAUCAGACUGCAGUGUGUGAGCGAGGGGCUGAGGAGGAGGAUUCAGAAUGGGUGCCUCAGUGUCUACUCCGGCUUCCACUGUGAAAGCUGAGGCUGCAACAGUGCCAGCUCAGUUUGGUAACCUCUCGCCACCAUCAGGUUGCCCUAUGCAUCAGGAAACCAAGAAGAGUUCCUAUCCAUCGGAGUGCCCCAUGCAUAAAGCGGAGUCUCCUGCUCCCGCUCCCGCUGGACCAGUGCACCAGGACAGGGCCUAUGAGUUUGUGGAGUGCCCAAUGAAAGCUGCACGAGAAGGCACAUCUGACAUCGAUCCAACAAAUAUGAUGCCACCCCCUAACCAGCAGCCAGCUCCCGACCAGCCUUUUACAUUGCCAAUUAAUAGAGAGGAAUCCAAAAUUCCCAGAGCUGGAACAGAUAAAAACUGGGUUUAUCCCUCAGAACAAAUGUUCUGGAAUGCCAUGCUCAGAAAAGGAUGGCGUUGGAAAGAUGACGAUCUUUCCCCAGACGACAUGACGAAUAUUAUCAAGAUCCACAAUCGCAACAACGAUCAGGCUUGGGAGGAGAUUCUGAAGUGGGAGGCAUUGCAUGCUGGUGAAUGUCCGUGUGGUCCAUCUUUGAAGAGGUUUGGCGGUAAAGCAAAGGAAUUUUCACCCAGGGCCAGGAUGCGUCAUUGGAUGGGGUAUGAAUUGCCAUUUGACCGGCAUGACUGGAUCGUGGAUCGUUGUGGAAAAGAAGUUCGAUACGUGAUCGACUACUAUGAAGGAGACAUCAACAAAGACUCUUAUCAGUUCUCUAUCUUGGAUGUGCGUCCAGCUUUGGACUCUAUUGGAGCAGUAUGGGAUAGAGCAAGGGUGGCCUGGUGGCGCUGGACAUCUUAAGCCACCCCCUCUGAGCUGGAAGUGAUCAUAUCAUGUUACAAGGUUGUAAAUAAGAAGCUGAUUGUAGUAAAGUAAAAUGGCUCAUUGCACAUAGGGAGUUUGUUUUAACUUGUGUGUAAUGAGAUUUUUCUGAAGCAGACACGUAUAUGGAUAUGUUCUUUGAAAACUCUUUUUUUUCAAAUGGUUUGCGUUUAUGAUGCGGAAAUAUUCCAUUCCAAAUUUGUAGUUCAACAGCAUGCAGUUCUUUAAAUUAUCCCAAUUUUUAAAAGAUAAAACUGUAAUAACAAAACCUACAUACAAAAAAAAUAAUUAUCUGCUCAAUUAUUAUGUUGGGAAGACAUAACUGAGCAUAUAUGAGGGAUCAAUAUCACUGCCGCUCAGUUUACUCAAGUUUUUGGAGGUUACGACCCUUAAAAUAUACUGUUGGUAAGGAAAGACUGCAAUUUCUGUUUUAAGAUCUUGGCUUUUUGUUUAAAAAACAGCCAGUUUGUGUGGUACUUUUUUGUCUUUUUAUAGAAUUACAAAAAACGGUUACGCUGCAGCUUCCUGGAACGGUUCAGUGGUAAUUAUAAAUCCGUGUUGGCUCUUUUAAGAAACAAAUAUUCACAUCGAUUUUUGCUUCUUAUCUUUUUAAGCGAGGUAUAAAGCUAUUUAUCUCUCCCACAGAUCAUCUCUAAUGUGUCUCUUUACCAAAUUACUUUAAUUUGGUUUUAACUGAAUGACAUGUUCAAGUUAAUUUAACUUAUUACUGAUGACCAGAUCAUAAAAACCUUUUGUAUAUAAUAAUAUGGUGCCCACAUGAGUGUGUUGCUUCCUGGGACACUUAUAUCCCUUAACCUAAUAAACAGAUUCUGACUCUGA